AUGAGGACCGCCGAGGUCCUCAUUCUCCAGGGGCGCCGGUCCCGUCGGGUCUUCCUUGUUUGGCGCCAGGCUUCGGCCGGCUCUGCGGGCAGCGGAUAUCCGCAGACCCAGGAGCACAUCCCGGACAGCCAUCCCCCCGCCCCCGCACACACACCACCGGCCCAAAUCAUUCUUCUUCACCCCGGGUUCCUCGACUCGACCUUCACCUGGGCGUUCAGCGCCCCGCGGCAGCGAGCGCACGUGAGGCAGCACAGCCCGGGGGGCUACUACCUGCUGGGGACGACCUCUCCCAACCCUUUUGUCCAUUCUGGAGACGUCUCAAAGGCACCCCCAGCCCAGAAGCUAUCUCCGGGCGACGGGCGGGUGGGCGGGGAGGAGCGUUCUCCCUGCUCCAAGGGACUGGCAGGCGACACGCCUCUGGAAGACCCUUACUUUGUAGUCAGAGGUGAGGUGCGGAAGGCGGUGGCAGCGGCCCGCAGGCUGCACCAGCGUGGGCGCUGGGCGCGGGACUGGAGGGCCGCCGAGCUGCGCAGCGACCCGCGCCGCGUGGAGUGAGACCUGGAGGACCUGGACGAGACCAUCCGCCUCGUAGGGGCGAACCCGGGCAAGUUCAAGCUCGCAGCCGGUAGAAAGGUGCUCGUGGAGCGCAUGCGGGAGGCUGUCCAGGACCUGAAAGACGAGAUGGCCGGCCCAGCAGCCCAAGCCUUCCCCGAGAGGAGUAGCAGGGAGGUGAUGCGUGGCAGGCAAGCGUAGGCGUCGCCACACGGUGACCUUGUGCAUGCCACUGCCAUCCCAGCCACCUCUCGCUACUUGGAAGAGCAGCAAGCCAGCCAACAGCUGCUCCUGGACAAGCAGGACCAACAGCUGGACAUGGUAGCUGGCAGCACCCAGGUCCUCAGGCAUAUGUCAGGCCACGUCGGAGAGGAGCUGGCAGAGUAGAGCAGGGAGCCAGCUCCUCUUCCCCCCCCCCCCCCGCUCCUGGGUGUGGUGGGUGCCUUUGGUGGCCCUGGCUGGCUUCGGGGAAGGGCUGAUGGCCUCUUGGUUUUGAUAGCAUACUGGACACUUUGCGCAGGACUGGACCAUACUUCCAGAUGGACUGGGUCCUUAGGAAGAUGGCCAAGGCGGCCCAUGUGACCAGUGUUGAGGGAUGGGGGGGGUGGAAUUCCUGGAA